AUGAUAGAUCAUGUACUCGGGCGGCCGUCAGUGCAAUUUCGAAAGAUCCAAGUGCUAGCAGUAGUAUCUUUCUGGUCCUUUUAUCUCUACAGAGGCGACCGCCAUGGCCCCCCAAUUGUCCGCCGUAUUUCCGCCCUUCUCUCCAGGAAGCUGACUGUGUGGCAAUCGGUCCUCGUAACGCUCCUCUACCUCUACGUCGCUCGCAACUUUGGCAAGCUUGUCGGCCUCGAGUGCCCCGAGCCACUCGCAAGUCUCUACUCGCGCUCCUACUUCCGCGCAACAUGGGUUACAACGGCGCUGGAUGCAGGCUUCUGGUCCGCCAUGCGUAUCAAGCGAAAAGGCCUGAGGGACUUCCUGUCGAUUGUGUUUAGCAUAUACUAUAUGAUAUGCGCGGAGCAGGCCGACGAGAAGGUGAGAAAGAUUAGGGCUACUCUCACCGUCGAUCACCUCCGUGUCGCGUGGAACAAAGGAACGACGCCGUAUCUUGGCGCCUUGACCAGCUUGAUGCGCCCGAGGUUGAUGGUUUACCCGCCGCGCAAAAUCAGGAUACCACGACCAAGGGCAAGCUCGUACAAAGAGCCUGUGACUGCGUGGUUGUAUUUCAACGGCCCACGAAGCGCGCUCAAGAAGCACGAUAAGAUUGUGCUGGAUAUACCUGGUGGGGGCUUCGUUGCUAUGGAUCCAAGGAACCACGAUGAUAAGCUCAUGGGAUGGGCUGGUAAGACCGGUCUGCCCGUGCUAAGUCUGGACUACAAAAAGGCACCUGAACAUCCGUAUCCAUAUGCGCUUAAUGAGUGCUAUGAUGUCUAUCAUAUGAUCAUGGCUUCGAGGGGGACAUGUAUGGGACUAUCGGGAGAACUCGAACCCAAAGUUGUCGUUUGUGGUGAUUCGGCAGGCGGUAACUUGGCUGUGGGUAUGGUGCUCAUGGUCCUACAAAGUGGAUCGACGGAAACGCGAAGAUGGCAGGGCGAGCGCGCUCUACCACCCCCUGUUGGCGUAGUGCUGGUCUAUCCGGCGCUGGACAUGAACAUCGGAAACUGGAUGUCUGACGAGCAGAUGGCCCUUAUCCGCGACCGAAGGGUAAGGAAGACAAAUCGGCCCAUUCUUCGACAUAAGAGUGACGACUACCGACACCUUGCGCCAAACACUCCUUAUGGGUCUGAUACGGACAGCGAUGAUGAUACCAAGAAACCAAGCAUAACCAAUGGUGCAAAUGCAACUUCCACCCGCACCCUCAAAUCUGCCCAGACGAUGAUCAGGCUUUCUGCUGCCCAUACUGGCAUAGACAGCCACUCCCUUCCUCGUAUCGAUAUGAGCAAUACCGCCGCUAAUGGUAACACUGCCGCCGGUCAGGUAACAUCAGCAAGCACCAACAGUAUGCCACCUACGCCAUUAGCGACUCAGCCACCUACCCCAGGUGCACCGCAACCAGCACCUCCUACAACCACCAUUAAAACCCGUCUCGCAACAUCGAGUAUGAUUUCAUACUUCAACGACCGCAUUCUGACGCCGGAAAUGAUGCGUGCCAUGAUCAUCCUGUACAUAGGCCCACAUCACCGUCCAGACUUUAGCACCGACUUUCUUCUUUCACCGUUGCUUGCACCAGAGUCUCUCCUAGCAAAAUUCCCCAAGUGCUGGAUGUUGACCGGUGAGCGCGACCCACUUGUCGACGACACAGUCAUCUUCGCCGGACGUCUACGACAGGCCAAGCGCGCCGAAUGGGUGGCAGCAAAAGACCUUGGUCUCGACUGGGCUCGUGGCGAGUUCGACGAAGAGAACUGGGUGAAUGUCGAUCUCAUCCCGGGCAUCAGCCACGGCUUCUUGCAAUUCGUAGGCGUAUUCCCUGAGGGCUGGAAGUACAUCCAUCGCUGCGGCAAAUGGAUUACUGAGGCUUUUGACGCAGAUGCCGAAAAGGGUGAGCUGGAAACGCCCAUGUACACGCCGCUUGCUUCAGUCAGACGGCCAGGCGAGAGAGGAGGCGAUUAUUUCGGUACUGUGGGGCUGGCGGAUGCGAUUGAUGGGCUUACAUCGCCACAACGGGGGCGACACCAUCGUCGGACGGGGACUGCGAGCUCGAUUGAUGAGGAUAGGCCGCUGGAAAUGACGGUGCUGAACAAGGGAAAGAGAAGUCCGCAGAAUAACCAGUCUGCAAAGGAACGAGAUUUGAAUGUAAGGGGUAGGGGCAGAGUAAGGAAGAACGAUUCCUUUGCGGGGUUUUGCUUGCACGAGCUCAGGAAUCUCCAACAAAACUCCACGGGGAAUGACGUUCGAGACGAGGGGACACGCACACCCUGCCUCUUGUGCAAUCGCCAAGCUCCACCAAGACGUCGGACCGAUGCUUGUCUAUCAACGCCCAUCUCUACUACUACUGGACGACGAUUGGCAAACCUGCAACAACCGGCUUUAGACUCGCGCUUACUGUUUUGGCAGGGGGCCCGGUAUCGCUAUGCGCGCAAGCCAGAAAAUUUGCUGUCUCUGUGCCAUGGAGACUCCACAUUACGUCACUCCAGCCGUAUGAGGAGGACCAUGGGGACUUCUCCAUGGGCACCGAUCUUUUCCACUGGGGUUUAUAAAGGGAGGAGAUAUGCACUGGAUGGUGCCUUUUUUUUGUGUGCGAGAGAUUACUCGUGA